AACAUUCAUGCGAUAAUGAAAUAACAAGCAACACGAAAAAAAUUAUUUUGUCUCAAAAAUCUCAUUAAAAAAUGUCUCAAAUAGCAAAUAAUCGUUCAAUAUUGAAGAAAAUCGUUCAGCAAAGGUCCACACUUUUACGAUGCUCGCAUAACAAACACACAAACGCUGCCGUAAUCGAACAAAUCCGAGAAAAACUCUCAAGCGGACCGAAUUUUCAGGAUUUUGUGCAUAAUCCCGAAUACACUCGCGAUGAUUGGAAAGAAUACGAAGGAAAACUCAAGCGUGAAAAGAAUGACAAUGAACGUUUGAGACUCCCCCCUUGGUUAAAGACGAAAAUUCCGAUGGGCAAGAAUUUUGCGAAAAUCAAGGAACAACUGAAGGAAUUGAAGCUGGCGACAGUUUGUGAGGAAGCAAAGUGCCCAAAUAUCGGCGAAUGUUGGGGCGGCGGCGAGCAUGGAACACAAACAGCGACGAUUAUGUUGAUGGGCGAUACUUGUACACGAGGAUGUCGUUUUUGCAGCGUCAAAACAGCGAGAAUUCCUCCGCCAUUGGAUCCGGAUGAACCGAAAAAUACAGCGAAGGCGAUUGCUUCAUGGGGAUUGGAUUAUAUUGUGUUGACUUCCGUGGAUCGUGAUGAUCUUCCUGAUGGCGGUUCGAAACACAUUGGUAGUUGCAUCUCCGAAAUCAAGCGUAUGAGUCCUCAAAUUUUUGUUGAAUGUCUUUCUCCUGACUUCCGCGGCGAUACGGAAUGCAUCAAAAACGUCGCUUUGAGUGGCUUGGAUGUUUACGCGCACAACAUUGAAACUGUCGAAAAGUUAACUCCUUUUGUUCGUGAUCGUCGUGCAAAUUAUCGACAAUCUCUCGCUUGUUUGGCAGAAGUUAAGAAUAUUAAACCGACACUCAUCACGAAAUCUUCGAUCAUGUUGGGUCUCGGCGAAACGGAUGAACAAGUUGAACAAACGAUGCGUGAUUUGCGAGAAGCAGGCGUUGAUUGUCUCACUUUGGGGCAAUAUAUGCAACCGACGACGAAACAUUUGAAAGUUAUUGAGUACGUGACGCCCGAGAAAUUCAAGCAUUGGGAAGAAAAAGGCAAGGAAUUGGGAUUUUUGUAUACAGCAAGUGGUCCAUUGGUUCGAAGUUCUUACAAGGCGGGAGAAUUUUUCAUUACGAGCAUCUUGAAAGAUCGGGCAGCUUCGAAUUCAUAAACUGAAAAAAAUAAAUUUUAAUGAAAAAUUGUGAAAUAAAAUAUUUAGAAAAUAAAUGAAUGAUUUA